AUGCGAUUUGACGUGAAUGGUACAGUGCCUGAUGGCCUUUUCACGAGGUCUACCAAUAGCGGCUCGGCACAACCUUGCCCAUGCUUUAUGGAGCAGAGCGGACGCCUUUCAGUUUCAAAGCUUGUUGGUUGGACCUCCCAUUGCGCGCGGCAAGGCUCUUUCCAUAGUGCCUGGCUGAAGUUGCAGCCGGCGUUCAUGAUGGCGUACCACAAGAAGGCGGUUUUGGUCAUUGGCCUUGCCAGCCAAGAUUAUCAAAACUUUCGAUCGCUGCUGGGCUCUGAAGCUGAAGCUCAGCAGCUUUUGCGCCCAGGGGAGGUGUUUGAACCU